AUGGCCACCGAGAUGACUGCCACCUGCCUUGCUUCGGAAUUCGUGUGUGACGACGGAUCGUGCAUCGACAUCACACGAAGAUGCGAUCUAGUAAGCGACUGUGCGGAUUGGAGCGACGAACGGGGGUGCGAUUUGGUGCUCUUAGCCGAAGGGCACCUCAACACCCUCCCGCCGUCACGGAACCUCCACAUCAACGCGUCCGUCCACUUGGAGGUGAUCGCGGUGGACCUGCUGCAGAUGAGUCUUUGGCUGGACCUGAAAAUCGAUCUGUUCUGGCGUGACCCCAACGCUAAAUUCAUGAACCUCAGGGCCUCGCCGUACACCAACUUGGUUCCGAUACGUCGUAAAGGCUACAUGCUGUGGAGCCCGAGUGUUGUGAUUGAGCCUUUGUUGGGAUUCCCAGUUCGAAACGAGGCGCUAAUGGUGUGCAGGGAGAGCAAUGGAACAAUAAUUGAGGAAGAUACUGUCUACGAAGGCCAGGAAAAUCCCUUGAAGUUCACCAUUCACCUGCAGCCGAAGGUACGGUGCACCUUCAAUUUCCACUGGUUUCCCUGGGAUGAGCAGGUUUGUCUGUUUAAUCUGACCUUUUUAAACCUGGACCAAAAGAACAUGGAACCACAGGAAACCUCAGAUACGAUUUCCACCAGUCGGCUCAUCCUCGAGGAAUACACCAUUGUCAAUCUUGCAAUCGUCAUGCACGAGGGAGCGAGAUCGAGGACAGUCCGAGUCGAGGUGAAGCGACAUUCCCUUCAAUACGUCUACGACAGUUACUUCCCGACGUCACUUUUACUCGUCCUUGGCUACGGCACGUUGUUCCUGCCGGUGGAGCCUUUUAACGACCGAGGAACCAUGAGUCUUACUACCCUGCUCGUUCUCGUGGCGCUUUACACAGACUCGCUACGUUCCUUACCCGAUGUGAAUUACAACACGUACCUCGAUGUGUGGUACAUUUUCUCCAUGGCUUACUUGUCCCUGAUAGUCGCCAUGCAUAUUGUGUCACGGGGUCCCAAGAUCCUGGUAUAUUCCCAGGUUCUUUUCGGUGCCUGGCUUGUCGCUUUUGUCGUCGUCUAUACCUCGAGGAUUGUAUAA